CGGGUGUGUUUUUGCUCGCAGUCAGUCAGCAUCGCAGCGCACGGAUCCGGUAAAAGCAAGCGCAUCUGAGAAACAGCCAGAGUGCGUCUAUGUGUGUGUGUGUGCGAGAGCGAGAGAGAGAGAGAGAGAGAGAGAAAAAAGUGAGUUUUUAGCUCUGGAAGAGGAGCGUCUGGUCUGCAGGGGGAAUGCACUGAGAAACCACCCUUUCCUCUCCUCUUUCCCAGUGUGUAUUUUCCCACCGUUUUUUGUUUUACUUGUUAACGUGAGGGGCAGAAGACGAGAAGGUGGCGCAGCUCGGGCUUCACUCUGUCACUCUCCUUAAGUGGACGUACGAAAAAAAAACAUCUCUGCUCAGAAGGAUCGUGUUAUCUUUUCUUUUGAAAGCCAGACAUUUGCAGCUGCUGCUUACUGGAGCCGCAAACUUUAUCUGCUUAUAGAUAAAUAAUUAAAAUGUCGGAUCCCAUGCUACCCCCUCUUUCAAACAUUUUUAGAUGAUGUCAUUGCACUGCGUUUUUGGCCAGAGCUCCAGGAAACCCACAGUCGGGCAGUGAGCACGGUGAGCUCCGGGAAAUCAGGUGCAGAUCCGCUGUGUUCAGUCUCGCGGGUGGCUGAGUCUGCCACGCGCAUCUGCCCCCUUGUUCUUCCUACAUCAUCUGAGCUGGAACGGACUACAUCGUGCGCCAACUCCAACAGUUCUUCGUGGACCCCCGCAGCCAUGACCGAGGCCGACUGGAGGCGCUUGAAGUGCCCCACGCCGUGCGCAAAUCUCAGUCACACCGGCCAGUCAGUCCACCUCCCCUUUACUCUUUCCGCUUAUCCAUACCAAUCCACGGAACUCUCGUGCCAUGUUUGUUUCGAAAUCAGUAAAUUUUAAAAGAACCAUAAGACCAUUGACGAACACUUUGAGGAAGUGAGUGUGAGAAUUACAACGUAUUUGGAAUCCCUGGAGCAAAAAAAGAGUUUUCUUUCGCGCGCUUUCCCUCGGAUGAUCCUCGGACCGGAAGUGGAGCGAGGACGCCCGGUAAACUUGGCUUCACCUGUUACCCGUAACCCGUGGAGAAUACCAGCUGUUAUGGCCUAACCCCCCACUUCUGCUCUCCUCCUCCCGCCCGCUCUGCCCCGCCCCCGAGCCGUUACCAAGCGCGCAAGCAACAGCCGCUGUUACAGCCGCUCCCGGUGGCACGCUCGCCGCGCACUCCUCACUGACACACACGCACGCACGCACCUCCUUCCAAAGGGGGAAGCUAUGUGCGCCGCCCGGUGCCGGCGGGUGCGUCCGCUGACCUUGUGACCUUUCCUUCGGGAUUACACCGGUGGGAUUGAAACGUGAACUUUGGCGGAUUUGAAGGCGACCCGGCGUACAUUUGUUUUCCAAGACGCACGAAGCGACUCGGCUGGACGCAGGGAGCGAUGCGGUCCUUCCUCUCUACCCUGGCUGUCUUGUGUAUCCAGAUGAUGCUGGUGAUGUGCAAUCCUCUGCAGGUGUUCGGAGUUGAUGGCGUGAACUUCAGCAUGCACGUGGAGAAUCAGACUCGUGCACGAGACCCCAUGAGCCGGCGACAGCCCAGAGUCUACCAACUCUACAGUCGCACCAGCUGCAAACAUGUCCAAGUGUUUGGCCGCAAAAUCAGCGCCCGCGGGGAGGACGGAGACAAAUUCGCCCAGCUUGUAGUGGAGGCAGACACAUUCGGCAGCCAGGUGCGAAUCAGGGGGAAGGAGACCAACUACUACCUGUGUAUGAACCGCAGGGGCAAACUUGUAGGCAAGAAGGCCAGUAAUCGCAGUGAGGACUGUGUCUUUAUUGAGAUGGUGCUUGAGAACAACUACACAGCAUUAAUGUCAGCACGUUACAAAGACUGGUACGUGGGCUUUACCAAGAGGGGGCGCCCUCGUCGUGGCCCACAGACACUUCUAAACCAGCAAGACGUUCAUUUCAUGAAGCGACUUCCUCCAGGGGAGCAGCCAGACCACACGCCGUUUCGUUUUACCACUGUCAGCAAGAGGAGCAAAAGAGUCCGUGCUGCACGGCCACGCUAACUUACGCUUCACAAAAGCUAAAAACCCGCUGUCCUACUAAGGGACAAUGCUAACAUUUAAAUCAGGGCCUCGCAACAAAGGACAGCCCUAGACUACAUCCCAGUAAAUGGGACCAUGACAAUGUUUAAAUCAGGAUCUGCUAAGAAAAGGACUAAUGGGACCAUGUUAAUGCUAACAGGACCUGAUGUGGAUGAAAAGUCCAACCCCAGUUCACUGGCUAAAUGUGGAGCGCUUGUCUUUUGAAGAUUAAGCUAAGUUGUACUGUAGCAUUCUCCAGUAAACAGGAUCUAAACUGGACCAGCUAUUAUACCAAAAAUGUGCUAUUCCCCAACAGAGCCUUGACUUUAGCCUGGCACUGACAUGCAAAAUCAAGCCCAAACAUGAAGCAGCGAUGAGUUGUAGUAAUUUUCUAUGGACUAAAGAAGCAGAAAACCUGACAACUAACAGCCCUCAAUACAGCACGGGGGACACCUGACUCUGCAGUCUACUAACCAACCUCUCAUAAAGACAGCUUUGUCUUACACACAGCAUAGGCUUCACUCAGGAUUCCUAGAACAGGAUUCAUGAAAAUGUGACUGCAAGAGAAGAAUGAAUCUUCUGGAAUCAUUUAGAGCGGUGUAAGAUUUAAACUGAGUAAUGAUUAAAAAAAGACUCAGGAGUGGAAUAAAGGAGAGACUACAUUUGAAAUCUCUCCUUCUCCCCCUGCCUGCAAGCUAGUUUGAAUUUAAGACUGCGUGCAUGUUUGUGUGCGUGUGUGUGCGUGUAUGGGUGGGUGUUUGUGUAGCUAAAAGAGUGUUUCAGGUUGCACCAAAGACCACAUUGGACGCUCCCACAGAUGACGUUGCGGAGUACAUCUGCGUAGGUAACCUUAAGGGAAAAAAUUGCUUGCCUUUGUCUGGAAGAACCUACACAAAACUGGAAUGUAAUAAUAAUAAUAAUAAUAAUAAUAAUAAUAAUAAUAAUAAUAAUAAUUAAUCUAAUAAUAAAGGCCAAUAAAGGCUUUAGAAAGCUGCACCAAAAAAUGAACUAAUGACCAAAGAGAACUCGAGACCAGUGAUCAAUAUGACAGUACCCCACACGCUACAACUCCCGAAUUCAGCAGCCUAUCAGAGUGCAGGACUUAGCAGUGGGACAGGAAAGGGGCAGAGUAUUCCCUCUAUAUCCCUUUUGCUUUUGAAAUGACAAAAGGAGCAAUGUUCCUGUUUGGAUUCCAACUGGAAUGCUGCUAAUGGAAAAGUCAGACAAAGUACCAAAGUCAUAUAUGUUAUUGUUAAAAUAAAAAAAAAAAAAACAAGCAUUACAAUAAAUAAAACUAUAUAUGUGUAAAGAGUAAAAGCUAAAUAAGUGAUAUUACAAUGACUGCUACUAUAUUUGUUGUUACUAUAAAGUUUAUUUCACUUAUUUAUUUCAUCUGUGUGUACGGCAAUCUUUCUUAAGCCAGUAAACUCUAUGGAAAAUGUCUGUGUUUUAAAAC